AUGAUAGGUUAUACUUUGCUCAAGCUUUCUGUCACCACGACUGCAGUGAAGCGACGCGCGUUCUCCUGGAUGGAAAAGUUCCCAUUGAGAAGUUCACAUGCACUGAUGGUGCAGUUUGAGGGCGCUUUUGACGGACUAAGCUCGCUGAAAACUCUCGACAUCAGUAACAACGACAUUGGCGGCGAACUUCCUGCAGAAAUAUUCCGGAAUCUAGCCACGCUGCAGUCGCUUCAUAUCAAUCACAUUCAGCUGAAGAAGCUCCUCGGGGACGUCUUCGUUGACCAGAGAAACCUGCGCGCCCUCUGGCUGGUCAACAACUCAUUUAGCAGCGUCGACGACUUCUUGCCGAGCCUGAGAGCGCUGCCGCGGCUGGAGACGCUAGAGAUUAGUCAGAAUCCGAUACAGUAA